AUGGAUGCUGAAUAUAUCUUGUGCAUCUGGAAAGAUGCAUUAUGGCCAGCAAAGGUUUUAUCCAGGUCUGUGGGUUCACCAAAUGAUCAGAUAAGUAAUCCAUUCUCAGUGGAAGUUCAGGUACUCUUCCUGGAUGAAAAAAUUAAAGUGGCAAGCUCAGAAAUAAAGAUCCUAGAUAAGUCUCAAAUUGAAACUAUUUAUGCCUCAGUAGCAGCAGAGUCAGAGUUCAGUGGUAUGCCUAGAGAGGAGACAGCCUAUGAAAAAGCACUGAAAGCAGCACUUAAUAUUCUGAAUGAGAGAGAAAAUUGUAGCCAAGCAAGUACUUCAGGUGAUUCACCCCCCGUGAAAAAGUGUAGACAUAUCUGGUGUGCAGGGCAGUUAGCAGAUGAUCUUGAGGAAGAUGAAAACCAAACACGUCUGUGCUCAGAGAGCAGUGAUUCCCCGCAGGAUGAAAUCUCUCAGGAUUUCACAAGUGAGAUGGAAACAAAGCCAUCUGGAAAUUCUAGCCUGGGCCAUAAUUCCUUUUCAGAAGAUGAGGAUGAGAAAGAGAACAAGAAAAAGAUUGACACCACAUUAGUUAGGUCCUUCUGUUCCACAUUUAAAGAGGAGGAAAACUAUGAUAAAGAUGAGAAAUUUGGUCCAAUUUUACCCAAAGCAGUUAAAGAAGAGUCAUGUGACAUCAGCUUAGAGAACGUGGCUACUUCCGCUGAAGAGGAUCCCUCAGAUCCUAACUCAGAUGCCAGCCAGAAUCAGCCUUCCACAGAAUCAGAAGAGAUGGGUGCUGAGGCACCUCCAGACCACUAUUUAGAAGCACUUCAGUCUUCACUAAAUGCUGCUAAUCGUGUCCUAGAUAGUGUAUCACACCUGACCAAUAAAAGAAAGUUUGAUGAUAUGGAUCUGGACUUUGAUGAGUUUCGAAGCACUCCUUAUGUAAGUUUAAUUGAUGAUUCUCAGCUAGAGGAUAGUGAAGAAGAAGAAGAGCUACCACGCUUGACUUUUAAAUAUGAGCCACCUGCAAUUGAAAUGGGAACCGUUGUGUGGUUUAAAUAUAAAAAAUAUCCAUUUUGGCCAGCAGUGGUGAAAAGCAUCAGGCGAAAAGAGAGGAAAGCAAGUGUGAUUUUUGUUGAGGCAUUCCUGCAUCGUGAUAAUCGAGGUGUUAGAGUGUUCCUUAGAAACCUAAAGAAAUUUGAUUGUAAGGAAAAACAAGAACUAGUGGAGAAAGCCAGGGAGGCAUAUGGUGAAAGUAUUGAUUGGUGCAUGUCACUCAUUUUUGACUACAGAAUAAGAAUAGGCUGUGGUUCUUUUGUCGGCACUUUUCUUGACUAUUUUGGUGCUGACAUUAGUUACCCAGUUAGAAAAACAGUGAACCUGGAUACUGUGCGGGACAUUUUCCCAAAACUGUAUAAUGAAGAUGCUGGAAAUGCUUUGUCUGUGACUUCCCAGACCAAGAGAUUAUCUUUCCAGAAAAUUCUCCCUGAUCGAAUGAAGGCUGCUAGAGAUCGGGCCAACAAGAAUCUAGUAGAUUUCAUUGUGGAUGAAAAGGGAGCAGAGAGCCAUCUUAUGGCCAUUUUAAAAGGCCAGAAAGCCUCCAGGUGGCUGAGAUCUUUUUUGAAUGCCAAGAGAUUCACACCUUGCAUUGAAACAUAUUUUGAGGAUGAUGAUCAGAUAGAUGCCGUGGUAAAUUACUUGCAAGGUAUCUGUAGACAAGUAGAGGCAGAAAUGUUGGAGCUGAUGGUAGAUGAUAAAAUAAAAUUUAUCCUAGAAGUUCUUCUACCAGAAACAAUAAUUUGUUCAAUUUCUGCUGUUGAUGGAUUAACUUACAAGGAAGCUGAAGCAAAGUAUCUCAAAGGACCAUCCCUUGGCUAUAGGGAAAGAGAAUUAUUUGAUUCAAAAAUCCUACCUGAUAAGAGAAGGAAACGCACAAAUUAA